CUCGACCGCUCUCGGAGGCGAGGCCAGAGGCUGAGGGCCCCUCGGCCGCCCCGCGCCCGGCGCCGCCCCGCCCCGCCUCGCCCCGCCCUGCACAGUGCUCAGUCAAAGAGUCACGGAUGCUGGCGCAGUUGGCGGGCCUGGCCGCCCUGUGGUUCAUCAUGUGGCAGGUGUCGGCGCUGUCGGAGCUGUCGGAUACCGUAGACAUAUUCGACGACGGCAAGUCAGACAAAGAAAUUUUGGACGAUCUAUUAAAAAACUCACGCUAUGACAAGAGACUGUUACCACCGGUUUCGGGGACGCUGACGGUGAAUAUGAGCGUUCUCCUCCUCAGCCUCGCUUCACCUGACGAAAGCAGUUUGAAAUACGAGGUGGAGUUCCUGCUCCAGCAGCAGUGGGUAGAUCCGCGGCUGCAGUACUCGAACCACAGCCGGUACGACUUCCUCAACGCCAUCCACCACCACAGCGACAUCUGGCUGCCGGACACGUACUUCAUCAUGCACGGGGACUUCAAGGACCCGCUCAUACCCGUGCACUUUGCACUCCGCAUCUUUAGAAAUGGCACCGUCAACUACCUGAUGCGGAGACACCUUAUACUCUCCUGUCAGGGGCACAUCGCCACCUUCCCGUUCGACGAUCCUCAAUGCUCAUUUGCCAUGGAAAGCAUUUCCUACGAGCAGAACCAAAUCCGAUACGUGUGGAAGAACGACGAGGACACGCUCCGGACGUCGCCGUCCCUUACCUCGCUCAACGCAUACCUCAUCAAGAACUCCACCAUCCCCUGCCCCACAAAGGCCAGCUGGAGAGGGAACUACAGCUGCCUCAAGGUGGACCUCAUCUUUACCAGAGACCGCGCCUUUUACUUCACGACGGUCUUCAUCCCGGGCAUCAUCCUGGUCACCAGCUCCUUCAUCACCUUCUGGCUCGAGUGGAACGCGGUGCCCGCGCGCGUCAUGAUUGGCGUGACGACAAUGCUCAACUUUUUCACCACUUCCAACGGUUUCCGGUCGACGCUGCCCGUCGUGUCCAACCUCACGGCCAUGAACGUGUGGGACGGCGUGUGCAUGUGCUUCAUCUACGCGUCGCUUCUCGAGUUUGUGGCCGUCAACUACGUGGGCAGGAAGAGGCCCCUGCACAACGUGGUGUACCGCCCGGGGGAGAACCCCGUCACCCAGCGCCUCCCGGCUCUUGUCAGCAGAAUAGGCAUGAUCAUGGCUACACCUUUGGGCGAGAACAAGAAGGAGGGGUCGACCGGCCCCAGCGAGAUCGUCUCGUGCACCAACUGCGGCCCCAACCCGUGCACGCACCCCGCCAACAACGGCUGCGUUACGGAGGUGCGGAAGCGGGAGCCGCCGCACCCCAUCCGCGUGGCCAAGACCAUCGACGUGAUCGCCCGCAUCACGUUCCCGGCCGCGUACGCCGUGUUCCUCGUGUUCUUCUUCUACUACUACCCGGACCCGGGCAGCGGCGUGCCCUGAGCCGCCCUGGCCGUGGAGUGACUGAGCGUGUGAGAGCACAACCAGGACCAAACGGGGCGGACGCACAGGGGCGGGCCUGGGGUCCCGGCAGGGGGGAAAUCCCCUCGCAGAGACAGACUUGGCCAGCGCAGCCAUAGCGCCGCCCCGGGCACACCGAACCAACAAACAUUUACUCUCGACUGACAUCAACGGCCAACUGUAGGGUCCGCCCGGGCCAGCGCCCCGAAACAGUUUCGUUUGCACCGGUUGGCGAGCGGCGGGGGACCCCCGAGGGAAGUCCUGGGGGGAGUGGCGCCGGCCCUGGCUAUGGAGCGGCAGUGUGGUGCCGCUGGACGUCAUCGCGUCGCAGAGCCGCGCGGUGCAGUCGAACUACCAACUAACCUGUAAUGACACUGCCUCUGGCUAAGAUUUGGACCAGAGCUGAAUACUGCAGACGGUAGCAAUUUUUUGCUCAAUUCGAGCCGCACUGUUUCCAGACGAACAUUUGUACCUUUUAUUGUAUAAAACGACGUUUACUAACGUAACGCCACAAGGGCCAGGAUUCCGCUAAAUUUCUUUUUCACUGCUAAGGAUUCAGGUCUGGUCCACACAUUUUCAUUUCUCAAGAGUUAUGUAUGGUUUUAAGACAUAAUCUAGUCUAUAUCUAGUCAUGUUUGAGGAGUUGUAACCAGAGCCUGAUAUUUCAAGUUGCCAUUGAACCCAUGCUCAACAUUAUUUUCUUGCUGAUUAUGUAUUUAAUUUCAUGCCUCAGGAAGUGUAAGAAUACUGUCUACUGAUUUUUCCUAAUUUGCAAUUUUGCUUGGGUCUCACGACCGUGAUGCAAAGGCUUGUCUUAUAUCCUUUCAUGAAACGGUUAAGUUGCCUCGUCCCCCGCAGCUAUCUUCUGCAUCCAGUCCCCUUUUCCCUAGGCCCUUAUUAUAGUCUUGGACCAAAGAACUCACCUACGCAUAAUACCAAAAAAUUUAGCAAGUUUUGUCUAAUUUGUGAAUUAAAAUAAGGUUAUUUGUAAUGUUGAAGAAGUUCUUAGAUUUCCGUUUUCUUAAAUUUACCUGUCCAUCAGGAUUUUUUUACUACGUAGCAAUGAAUACAGUUUUAAUCUUUAGCGAAAAAGCACCUUUUAUGAAAAUCUUACUGCCUGGUUUGAGUAAUAACCAACCGAUUUCUAAUCUUCAAAAAUUUAGAGACAAUUUUCGAACUGAAUUUUAACUAGUGUCGUACUUGGAAAAGGAAUAUUCAAAUUGUAGUUUUUCUCCACGUAACUUUUGCUCGUUUUGAAAUAGAUACAUUUCUCCUCUAAAUUCAAUGGUUAUAUUGAUCAACUUUCUAUCUUCCUUAAUUAAUCAGUUUCAACACGCUCGUGAAAGCUUUGUUGAUGGUGAUCUCAGUUUGUUACGUAUACGAAAAGGGCUGAUACUCGCCGCGCCAAUUCUGGGCUUGUCCUUAGCUGCGUAGACACAUUUCCUUUUUGUGUAGUGUGAAACGACCUAUUUGGCUUGGGACAUAAUAGAGUGAGAUACAAUGUACCACAAAGCGCUGUGAAAAUGCAAUAAGUGAAUGAGUAAAGUAGGUUAAGCAGGCUACUUCGGGAACAAUGACUAUACGUUGCGAUUCGUGCGCGGGCGAUGCCACCUUGUCACCUGCCUGCGGUUGUGCCUGCUUCAAUAACGCGUGCCUAACCCCGGGCCUCUUCUUUUCUUAUGUUUUAGACUUUGCACGUACCGCACCUUAUUCCAGUAACUUUUUUUCGGGUCUUUCCAGCAACGUUUUAACAUUUGUACUGAAAAAGUGCACCCGUGCAUGUUGUAUUUCAAGUAGUCUGUAAUUAUUACGAUUGUUUACUACUGUCAUGCUGUCGUUGUGUUGUUCUUUUUACCAUGAUCCCCCAAGGGAGUCAUCAUGAAAGAUUUAUAGUGAGAUUUUUAAAAAUUAAGGAUUUGCAUGUAAGGUAUAAAUUAAGGAUAUAUACAUUGUUAUUACAUUUACGGUAAAUUGUUUUUCUCUUUGUCGUUUGUUGUGAUUGUUGGUUGAGUAAUGUUAUGUCUGCCCGAGUCUCUGCUGUAGUACAGUUAGAGUUGGCGUCAAGGUAUUUAAAAUUUUAGUUUUUAUUAUGGUUAGCCGUACGGGUCGACGGCUUGUUGUCUUGGGGCACAAUUCGUGUAUCUAAGCAGAGCGUUUAUAUAUAAAUAUGAAUAUUCAAAUCGACUCUUUUGCUAGGCCUGCGCAUUCCUUUACCGCAAACUGUUCCCUUGGGUUCUUUGCUGCUGUCUCAUUCUUUAUCUAAAUUUCAAUGAAGCGCACAUAUUAACAGUAUGAACAGUAUGAAAACUUGAUGAAAGCUGCUUUCCCCCUGCACAAACUUGAUAAAGUUGUCUCAAAUAUUGCAAUAUUUCUUUACAAAACUUGCAUCUCUUUCAGCUUUGGAAUCGUUUUGCGACAAGCUGCCCGGCACCAGCUUAGAUCACCGGAAAUUACUUCGUCGGCAAACUGUCGCUUUUGGAGGUCUCUAUUCUAUUUACAUAGUUAUUGCACGUAGAUCGUGUUGUUUGUAAACUACCUGACCACUUUUUAAAAUGUUAUUUUCCCGCACUAAAUAUUCGAUUUUACCUAAGGGUCUUUCCUUAUUUUAGUACUCCCAUGUGAUCGAUUUUGUCCCGACGUCUGUCAGGCAAAACCCAUGUAGUUUUAAGUGUCUUGAAUCAUUUUCAUUUUAUCGCCGUCAUUCUCAUCGUCCCAUUCUUAUCAUUAGUCUUAUCGUUAGUCAUGGGUCCUCAUUUACACAACAUGCUCUGUGCUGCUGCUGCUUGCAUGUCAGUCAUAUUUUACAUAUUGACCAUGUAAAUACCUAUAAUAACUAUCGUUAUAGCAAGCUGUACAUAAUUUCUUGUAUAUUUUUCGGAACAUGAUUUUCAAUAAAGGGAUUAAGCAGUUCCCGUGACAAAA